AAGGUCACCCGUGCUGCUAUGGACAUUCUCGACAAACAGACAAAGUGGCAGAGUCCGUUUCAUUUGCAUAUGAGACACAGUUCCUUUUUCUCUUUAUAGGUUCUAUGUCCUUGCUCUUUUUUCAUACCUUGAUCCAAUGGAAACGGGCCUCUUUUUGUCUCCAAACAGCCUUUUUCUUCUUUCAAACAAAGGCGUGCUCAUUUGUGGUCAACAUCAUUCACAUAAUCACAUUGUCCAUUCAAUAUACUUUUCGAUUCUGUUUGCUCAAAAAACCAUAAACUCAAAUGUGUUUACACACUAAUUAACAUUCUUUGAUUAAUUUAUAUAUAUAUGUUCGGAAAAGUAAAUUUCUGUUUGUUUCAGCCCGUUUAGUAAAACUUUAUAUUUGAUUAGUUUGAAUUUCUAGAAACUCUUCUCUUUUGUAAAUUAUUUGUUAUUUUGUUAAUGGAAACCCCGUUCUUGAUGCAUCAUUUCCACCAUUCACCAACACAAGACAACAUCAUUAGCUCAAACCUCUAGCUGUCCCGUUUUCCCCCUUGAGAGAGCUGCACCACAAACAGAGAGAGAGAGAAAGAGAGAGAGAAGGCUAUGUUCCAACUUCUCUCAUGAUUCCAUUUUCCCCUCCUUUUUUCACCUAUUCUCUAAUAAAAUAUCAUUAAUGUCUAAUGGAAUAAUGGGUUUUUGUUUUUAUAAGACAUGAAGCAACAACAGUUAUGAUGGAGUCAAUGGAGUCAAUGGAGUCAUGUGUCCCACCUGGAUUCCGGUUCCACCCGACGGACGAGGAGCUUGUUGGGUAUUAUCUGAGGAAGAAGGUCGCAUCGCAGAAGAUUGAUCUCGAUGUCAUCAGAGACAUUGAUCUCUAUAGGAUCGAACCAUGGGAUCUUCAAGAGAGGUGCCGGAUCGGAUACGAGGAGCAAAGCGAGUGGUAUUUCUUCAGUCACAAGGAUAAGAAAUAUCCAACGGGGACAAGGACUAACAGAGCAACCAUGGCUGGUUUUUGGAAAGCAACGGGGCGAGACAAGGCGGUGUACGAUAAAUCCAAGCUGAUCGGAAUGAGAAAGACCCUUGUUUUCUACAAAGGAAGAGCUCCUAAUGGACAGAAAACCGACUGGAUCAUGCAUGAAUACAGGCUUGAAUCCGACGAGAAUGGACCUCCACAGGAAGAAGGCUGGGUUGUUUGUCGAGCAUUUAAGAAGAAAACAACUGGUCAAACCAAGAGCAUUGAUGUGUGGGAUUCAAGCUACGACGAACCAAGUGGCAUUAGCUCAGUGGUUGAUCCACUCGACUACUUGUCGAGGCAACCCCAGAAUCUUUUACCUCCGAGUUACUUGUGUAAGCAAGAGACCGAGGCUGAAAACUUAAACUUUGUCCACUCCGAUCAGUUCGUACAGCUUCCUCAGCUAGAGAGCCCAUCUCUGCCAUUAAUAAAAAAGCCGACUUCCAUAUCUCUGGUGCCCGAGAAUAAUAUUAAUAAUAAUACCAAUCACAAAGAAGAAGAAGAUCAUCUGCUGAAGAUAAUGUGCAACAACAACAACAAUGAGAAAGUGACUGACUGGAGAACCCUCGACAAGUUUGUUGCUUCUCAGUUGAGCCAUGAAGAUAGAUACCAUGGUGAAGUAGCAGUUUCAUGCUUUGAUGCUGCAGAUAAUAAUACUAACAACUCAGAUAUGGCAUUGCUGUUGUUACAGAGUAGUGGUAGAGAAGAAGCGAACAAAUUGAACGAGUUCUUGAACUCGAGCUCGGAUUGUGAUAUUGGAAUAUGCAUAUUUGAUAAAUGAAGGGCGGGGUAGAGAAAAAGGAGACCAUGAACAGAGUUUUAUCAGUUAAUUAAUAUUGUAAACGUUUGAUGCAUAAUGAGACCUAUUUUUUUGUAAAAUAUACAUAUACAUAUACAUAUAUAUGGUUGUGAAAUGAGUGAAGAAACUCUCCUUUAAUCCCUA